CCUCUACCUCUACCUCUACCUCUACCUCUACCUCUACCUCUACCACCAAUAUAACCGAAAGCCACUACAACACAGCAUGCCUCCGCAGAUCUGAGCGUCACCAUCCCUCGGUGAACUCCCUAGCGACUUGCUUCUUCAAUCUUGUUGAGACCCUAAAAUUCUCACUUUUGAUAUUCAUUAUAAGCUCACUUGUACAUGGAUAUAGAUCUGUUCUGACAUGUUUCUCAAUUAGCAGUUGGUGAUUGCGAGGACAAUGUCAGGAUUUUUGCAUCAAAGGCCACUUCACAGUGUUCUCUCGGAUCCAUACUCGUUAUCCCCUCGAUCUCCAACUAAUUACCAAAAACCCACAACCAUGCUCAGCCGAACCACCUUCUUACUCCUCUUGAUCCUCCUUGUACUCCUCGGAGUUAUCUUCCCAUGGAUUAGUAUACCCCAAGGUCUCUUCAGUACCAAUUCCAAACUCUCAGACUCAAAGUGGAAGGACUACACAUUAUCCGAGGCGGUGGCGAAUGUAGCCCAGAAUGGGACUGUAAUCGUUUGUGCUGUGAGUCAGCCUUACUUGCCCUUUCUGAAUAACUGGUUGAUUAGUAUAGUUAGGCAAAAGCAUCAGGAGAAGGUGCUUGUGAUCGCGGAGGAUUAUGCGACUCUGUAUAAGGUUAAUGAGAAAUGGCCUGGCCAUGCUGUGCUGGUUCCGCCGGCGCCGGAUGCUCAAACUGCUCAUAAGUUUGGGUCUCAGGGGUUCUUCAAUUUUACAUCCCGGAGGCCACGCCAUCUACUGCAGAUUCUGGAGCUUGGGUACAAUGUUAUGUACAAUGAUGUUGAUAUGGUCUGGUUAGCAGAUCCAUUUCCUUAUUUGCAAGGGGAGCAUGAUGUGUACUUCACAGAUGAUAUGGCUGCAGUGAAACCUCUGAAACAUACUCACAAUUUGCCACCUCCAGGAAAGAAGGGGCGGACUUACAUUUGCAGCUGCAUGAUUUAUCUGCGGCCUACUAGUGGAGCAAAACUAGUUAUGAAGAAGUGGAUUGAAGAACUUCAGGCUCAGCCAUGGUCCAAAGCAAAGAAAGCAAAUGACCAGCCUGCCUUUAACUGGGCAUUAAACAAAACUGCUGGACAGGUGGACCUCUAUUUGCUCCCUCAGGCAGCAUUUCCAACAGGUGGAUUAUACUUCAAAAACCAGACAUGGGUGCAGGAAACUAAGGGAAUGCAUGUCAUCAUUCACAACAAUUAUAUCACUGGUUUUGAGAAAAAGAUAAAGCGUUUCCACGAUUUUGGCCUAUGGUUGGUGGAUGAUCAUGCCUCGGAGUCCCCACUUGGUAGAUUAUAAUGAAUUGGAUCACCUUUGUUACAACUUACAAGAGAUAAGUUGAGGAACCUUGUGAUUUUUUUUCGUGGAACCAAACAGUGUGUGUGGUGAACAAUUAUUUCAAUUUCCUCUACCAAUCAUCUCAGUUUGGUGCUCAACAGUUUGCAAACAUUAGGCGAUGCAGAGUAAAAAUAUUGGUUUGUAAAUCUUUUUUGCAGAUUUUGGACAUGUUUUCUGACCGUGGGUGUGUUUAUAAUGAAUUCUUUCAAUUUUCAUUCCCAUGUCUAAUGUAUUUGUUGUUAUCAAGCUUAUGCAAACACCCAGCACUGUUGAGAU